UGUAUAUAAAAAAGAUUCUGUUGUUCACUACAUUCUUUCUGAAGACACACACGACGAAUGGAUGGCAGUUUGAGAAUGUUAAAAUUUGGCUGAUGUUCAAGUUUGAAAAAUGAGAGUAUAAAUGAAUUGCUGUAAGGAGAGCGAUGAGCCAUCUUCUCAAAGUAUACCUUUUCCUGUAUCAUCUGAAUCGAAGCAAUGGCUGAUCAUGAUGAAAUACAUGCUUGAAUGUGCCGAAAAAUCUAUGGAAUUCCUAGACACUGUGAAAAAUCAUCUGGAUUUCAAUGACGAAGACCUGGAAAGAUUCAGUAUAUUAUGCAUAGCUCUUGAGCAAGCACGUCAUCAGAUGGCUCUGUUAGGAAAAAAGUUUUUCGAAGAUUCGGCAACUGAUCUUCUCGAAAAUCUCUCGAUACUCAGCGAACCUAAGGAAUCGAAAACAAAUGAUUACACACAAACUGGUUAUGAGGGCGAUAACAUACCAAUAAAAGAACCUAAACCUAUUAUUGAAAAGAAGGAACCUACUAAAAAAGAUGCCUGUCUAUGCGGUGCAUUCAAACAAAGACUGGUGAAAAAAAGUAAACAUGAGAAAAUAGUUGUAUGCUCCCCACUAAAGAGGUCUACAUUUGUGAAUGAGAAGUGUCUCAAAGAUGGUACCCCAAGUACUAAAAAGAAGGUUUUAGGGCCUGAAGAUUACCCAAAUGAUGAUGAAAAUCCCUUCAUACUAAAAGAUACAGGAGGUCUCGAACUCCCAAACACUGGUUUUGGAUAUGAAUUGUUCUAUGCAAUGCAAAGACACAGAAAUAAAAUCGCACAGAUCGUUGAAACCACAGAUGACAGCCAAACCUUCGAGGAAUUACUGAGAGAUGCAAUAAGCACCGCUUUGAAUUUGAAGACCAAAGGACUAGACGAAGACAGUUUGAUAAGCCUCUGUGUCACGAACAAUAAAUACUCAUGCAUGCCUUAUCUAGCCGGCCUAUUCCUAGGCUGCAAAAUGAACGGUAUCGACGUAUCAUUCGGAAAAGAAGACCUAGCUUUUCUCCUCAAACUUGCCACUCCCGAUCUGCUGUUUGUACAGAAGGAAAAGGUGCCAAUCAUGGCAGAGACUCUGGCGGAAAUCGAGUUAGAAAUUCCCAUCGUCGUAAUUGGCGGUGAAGUGGAAGGAUAUGAAAAUUUUCAAGAUUAUUUGAUAUCCUCGAAUGAGGAUAUCAGAGCCUUUCGACCCUACAAAUCGGAUUCUAUGAGAAGAAACUGUGUAAUUCUUUUCAGCAGUGGAACUUCUGGGAUGCCUAAGGGUAUUUGUUUGAACCAUGGUAAUUUGCUGGGACAAGUCUUCUUCGCUACGAUCACAGAUAAUCUCCAUCGUGUGUUCAUAAGUUUCACAUCUUACUACUGGAUUUCUGCUGUUAUUUUACUUGGUUACACGACCCUUGCUGGAGUAACAAGGAUAGUACCACAGCCAUUUGAACCUAAUAGGUUCUUUCAACUCAUCGAUAGAUAUAAGAUCGAGUCUGCUUUUCUCGGACCCUUCGAAUGCAUCACAGUGAUUAGGACCCCUAAAUCUCCAGAAUACGAUACCUCCAGUUUGAAAACUUUGUGCACAGGAGGUGCAGCGGUGCGAGAAAUUGUUUUUAUUGCUCUGCGAAGAGUUUUUCCAGGCUGUUUAGUCUUUCAAACCUAUGGGCAAACCGAGGUAGGAGGCUUGCUGGUAAAAUGGGCAACAAAGAAUCCUGAAGAUCUAUCGCUGCUGUAUGCCAAACCAGGUUCAUGUGGUAGAACAUUCGGAGGGUUUUGGUAUAAGUUCGUCGAUGAGGAAAAUGAUAGAAUCCUUGGACCAUUUCAACCAGGUGAAUUAUUAGUGAGAUCAGAUACCCUGAUGAUGAAUGGUUAUUAUAAGAGGGACUCUUCGGAAUGCUUCGAUAGAACCGGUUGGCUCAAGACUGGCGACUUGGCCUACUAUGACGAUUACCACUGUAUAUACGUAGUGGAUAGAGUGAAAGAACUGAUCAAAUACAGAUUAUGGCAUGUGCCACCAAUUAUUUUAGAAAAUGUACUGAUGGCACAUCCUGUGGUAGCAAGAGCUGUUGUUGUAGGUAUCCCUCACUCUGACGAUGGUGAACAUCCAAUGGGACUCAUUAUACUUAAAGAAGGAAUAGAUCCCGAAACAGUAGAUUUGGAAGAAGUUGCUGAAUUUGCGAACAGUAAAUUGAAUGAAAAGCAAUAUUUGAGGGCUGGGGUUAGAAUAAUUCAUUCUAUACCUUUGACAGCUACUGGAAAAGUUAGAAGGAGGUCACUCAGAGACUCAGUGUUGCAAGGUCAUCAAUUGUAAAAGACCAUGAAAUGUACGAUAAGUAUCAACAAGAUCUUCUGUCCUUGUUUCGUUUUAA